AUGGUGAAACAAGGCGCUACAUUUGUUGUAAUCAAGACUAAAGACGGUGAUGUUUUUGGUGGCUAUGCAGACGAUGCUUGGGAAUAUCCGCCGAGCACAACUUGGUAUGGUCAUUCAGCAAACUUUUUGUUCCGUUUGAACAAGGCAUUUGGUGUUUGGGACGGCGCGAAUAGUAGCAAUGAUCAUUAUCAGUAUUUGUGCUGGGGAAAAAAGAGUUUACCAAAUGGAUUUGGAAUGGGUGGACAGUUUGAUUACGCAGGUUUGUGGAUUGACGCAGACUUCCAUAACGGACAUUCUAGAGCAGGCCCUUUGUGCACAACUUAUUCAAGCCCUCAAUUAUCUGAAAAGGAUAAAUUUAUAGUAGAUGAGAUCGAAGUAUGGCUUGUGCGACCACUUCAAAGAGAUGAAGACGAGGAUCUGGCAGGAGGGAAUGGAAUACUGGGACGUUCUGAAGAUAUGGAAUUCAUGGAAAUGGCUGGCAAGAAGAUGUAUUCGAAAGACUUAGCGCCAGUUAGAACAGAGGACGUCGUUGCUGAUGAUGGUGGUUCAUAG